UUUAAAAAAACAACAUUUCGUUAUAGGUUAUAGUUAUUAAAGGCAAGUGCAAAGAACAUAUAUAUACCUUUAUCAUCUGCUGGUUACUUCGAAGCACGCGCGUGCUAAAAGUGGAUUCUUGGAUCGAGGUUUAAGUUUGAAAAAUAAAAUUCUGGCUUGCUAGCUAGCCUGCCGUUGCUAGCUAGCUAGCUGGCUCGCUUUCCCUUGGUUCACCAAUAAGGUGUAUGAAAGAGAGCAUCUGAAGCUGUGCUUCUGUAGAAAUAUUAUUGAAGAGAAAAGGAUAAAGAGAACAACACAGACCAAGAAGGAGAGAAAUAAAAAAGAGAGAGACACUUGGCAAUAGAGGGAGCAGUAUAAACUGCCCUGUUCCAUUCCCUCACCUUAACUCUCAUAAAUGUUCAUGCUGCCACACAAUAAUCGUCAAUAGUAGUUUUUCCUCUGGUAUCGUCUUUAUUUAGCGGAAGGUUCCGGAGAAUCACUAAUUAUAGUGAACUAUUGAAUUUGGCCUGAUCUCCAUUGGCCCAUUUCCCCCUUUCCUUAUAUUUGGCAGCUAUUUUUGCUCAUUGUCCCAGAGCUCUGCCCAACAAAGUCCACCUCAGCACACAGAAGAACCAAAUAGCCUCUAAAAAAAAAAAAAAAAAAUAUAUCAACACCUCAUCUGGUCUUUCCCUUUCCGCUCUGGUCCUAUCCAGUCCUAUCCUUUGGACACGAAAUUUUGAGCCCCGUGGACAAGAGGAAUAUGACUGCUGAGACACUUAACUUCGGUCCAGAAUGGCUCCGUGCACUAUCCAGAGGGGGGAGUGUGACAUCCCCUCCUCCUUCCCCAGCAAUGCCAAAGUCCAAGCUGGCCGAAUAUCGCUACGGCCGCGAGGAGAUGUUAGCACUUUAUGUCAAAGAUAACAAGGUCCCAGAGGAUAUGCAGGAUAAGGAGUUUGCUGCUAUCCUCCAGGACGAGCCUCUGCAGCCUUUGGCUCUGGUGCCUCUGACCGAGGAGGAGCAGAGGAACUUUUCCAUGUCUGUGAACAGCGUGGCUGUGCUCAGGCUCAUGGGAAAAGGAGGCGGGGCCGUCCCCGCCGGGGUGACCAGAGGCCGCGGUAGCACCAGGGGAGGCAGAGGGAGAGGAAGAGGCGACAGUGGGUUCUACCAAAGAGGAGUGGAUGAUGGAGACGGGGGCUUUGGCCGCGGCCGAGAGAUGCACCGCAGUCAAAGCUGGGAUGAUAGGGGCGAGCGGCGCUUCGAGAAGCCGCUGAGGCGAGACGGCGCGCGGGUCGGCUUUGAGGAGUCGGGCUCGGUCAGCAGGAAGGACUACGCCCGCUCCGACAGCGACAACUGGCGCACCCUCCGCGAGGAGCAGGAGGACGACGACGGAGGAGAGCCAGGAGGGAGCUGGAGAAUCGCCGGAUCCCGAAGAGAGGGUACGCGCCCACGCAGACACUUCCAUUCCAGACACCGUGUGAUUUCACACAGCAGUGAAACCCAAGGUCAGAGUUGUUCAUUGUUAUUCCCCCUACUCCCCUUAGACGGGGGUCCGCGGUCGGCGGGCUGGCGAGACCACGGCAGCGGGGAGGGUCGGCGCAGGAAGUUCGACUUCGAUUUCCGCGAGGGGGACGGAGGGCGCAGGCGCGCCGGGAGCGAGGGCAUGGAGGACGAGAGGGACGGCCUGCCCGAAUGGUGCACUGACGAGGAGGACGGAGAAAUGGGCACCUUCGACUCCUCCGGAGCCUUCAUGUGCAUCAAGAAAAGCUCCAGGGAUGCCAUUCCUGAAGACCAGGAGCUGGAGUUUGAGGCGCUGGAGGAGGAAGAGGAGAGUAGUCAGGAGAAGAAGGAAAGUCCUACAGAUAAAGGAGAGAGUGAAGCUCCAAGUGUCUCGGAGGGGGAUGUGAAGUCUGGGAUCUCCUCUUCUCCUCCUGCUGCUUCUGGCCCUGCCCCCGCACUCCCCCAGUCUACCCCUACUGAGCAAGAGACUUCCUUGGCUGCUGUCACUCACCCCUCAAAGACUUGCCCCGUGAAGAACGAAGAUGGAGCACCAGCAGGUGGUAGCACUCAACAGACUCAAAGCUCAUCUGCCAGUGUUUCAUCUCCGCCCCCCGUUGCCGUUACUGACCUCCCACCACCAGGGGGGGAUACUGAGGAGGAGGAAGGCAUGAAGCACCUGCAGCAGGAGGCGGAGAAAAUGGUGGCCUCCCUGCAGGACACGACACUCGAAGAAGAGUGUUUCACUCAAGCACUUCAAGAGAGCCACAGCGCAGCUGCACACUCUCACCCGCACCCCACCGCACACGCCCACACGCACCCACCCACGCACACCCUCUCACACUCCGCCAGCGCUCUGCCUCUUUCCCACGAGUCUGCCAUGAAAUGGUUUUACAAAGACCCCCAAGGCGAGAUCCAAGGUCCUUUCACCACAGUGGAAAUGUGUGAGUGGUUCCAGGCAGGCUACUUCACCAUGUCUCUGCUGGUGAAGAGGGGCUGCGACGAGGGCUUCCAGCCCCUGGGCGACGUCAUUAAGAUGUGGGGGCGCGUGCCUUUCUCCCCUGGACCCUCACCUCCACCCUUGCUGGGAAACAUGGACCAAGAGCUGCUGAAGAAGCAGUUGGAGCAGGCAGCCACUGCAGCCUUGUACCAGCAGCUGCAAAUGAGAUUCCAGCACAUGAACAGUAGGUGUGGAGAACCAGGGAUGAUGCCUGCUAUGAACAGGUCCAUGUCAGUGCCAGACACAGGGCCAAUGUGGGACAUGCAUACCUCAGCUUCACAGCAAACAGGCGGUGAGGCCAGUCUGUGGGACUUAACAAUGACUAAUUCACCUCAGGGUCCAACUCUCGAGCAGCUGCAGAAGCUCCAGCAGGAGAGGCGUGAAGCUGAACUCAGGGUCAAACGUGAGGAAGAGGAGCGCAAGCGUCGGGAAGAGAAGAGGAGGCAGCAGGAGGAGCAGAAGAGACGGGAGGAGGAGGAGUUGUACCGGCGCAAACAGCAGUGUCGCCAGCAGCAGGAGCUGAUUAUGAAGCUGCUGCAGCAGACCCAGCAGCAGGGUAUCCAGGCAGGCUCCGGAUGGGGCGGAGCCCAGGGCGGAGCUCUGUCUAAGAGCGGGAAGAGCCUGAACCUGCUGGAGCUGGAGACGGAGAGAAUGCACAAGCAGCAGCAGCAGCAGAGAGUCCAACAGCAGCAGCAACAGCAGAGAGACAGGCAUGGGGGCCUGACGAUGGGCCAAUGGGGAGACAGCUCGGGCAGCAUGUGGACGGGAGGGGGCAUGGACGGCAAGGUCGGCAGCGGGAACAUGGUGGGGAUGGGUGUUUGGGACGAGGCAGUGAAGAACCAAGCCAGCCUCCGCAACAUGGGCCUGAAAAACAGCCGCAGCAGCCCCUCCCUCAGUGAGCAGUACAUGUUGAGUCGGAGGAAGCGCACUGAGGAAGAGGAGAAGCUGCUGAAGCUCUUACAGGGCAUGAAGCCUCAAGACGGUUUCACCACCUGGUGCGAACAGAUGCUGCACGCGCUCAACACCUCCGCCAACAACUCCUCUUCCUCACUAGACGUGGCCACCAUCGUGGCUUACCUGAAGGAGGUGGAGUCUCCUUACGAGGUUCACGACUUCAUCCGCUCUUACCUGGGAGACACCGUCGAAGCCAAAGAGUUUGCCAAGCAGUUUUUGGAGCGCCGUGCCAAACAGAAAGCCAAUCACCAGAGACAGCAACAACAGCAGCUCUCGAAGGAGAUUCCAGGCAUGAACAUGAAUUUCCCCCUGCAGUCCAUGUUUCAGGCUGCCCACAUGGGAAAGACUGGAGUUUACGACGGACAAGGAGGGAAAUUAAAGAAGAAACAGACCAUGAUGCUGCACUCAGAUCCCAGCAUCCUGGGCUAUUCAUUCCUGGGUGGCGGGGAACGGAUGAUUCUGGGGGAGAUGGAACCAGUGGAGGAUUACUGAUCCAGCAGAAUCUACCUGAGUCUACCUGAGGCCUUAAUCCUGGAGGAUUCAGCUGAAGAAUGUGCACUGCUCAGUGAGAAGGCCAAGCUCAGGCCUGGCCCACUCACUCUCAUCUCUCUCUCUCUCUCUCUCUCUCUUUCUCUCUUAAUCUCUUUCUCUCUUUGUCUCUCUCUCUCUCUCUUUUGGGAAGAGGGAAGUGAGGUUUGAUGUGCAGAGUGGAAUCUCUGUCAUCUCUUACAGUAAGCACCUUAACUAAGCUAAUGCACUUUAUAACAAAAGUUUCAAUAUUUGAAAUGGAGUUUUGUCUUUUUUUUUUUUUUAUAAUGCAAAAUGUGUGAAAAUAUUGUUGCAUAUAUUAUGUUUAGAAUAUUGAAUAUACACAGGCGUGUGUGAGGGCGUGCGUGCGUGCGUGCCUGCGUGUGUUUGAGUGUGUACACAUACAUUACAUAAACAGAGGGUGUUAACCUCUUCAUUUCACUAGGCCAGGAGUGUGAGGAUGCAACCAGGAGAGCAUU